AAAUUAUGUUCUUUUUUUCACAUGGCUGGUCUGGUGCAAUGCAACCUCAAAACCACAAUAUCCAGUCCUCAGUCCUAGGAUAUUUCCAACCUCAUCUUCACUGGUAUUAGAAGCCUCUAGCAUACGUUCGCAUGAUCGAUUCCCAUAGCCAUUGGCAGUUGAGUUCUCCUCCACUGUUCUGACUUGUACAGAAGCAUAGGCAAGCAAGAGGCAACCAAUGGCGUCGUCGCCGUCGGUCUCCUUCCUCGAGCUCUGUCUCUCCUUCCUCUGCUUCGUGGUCUUCUACUACUUCCACAUCAGGUCCAAGCGGAAGAACCCUGUCAUCCCGCUGGACUGGCCGUUGGUGGGCAUGCUCCCGGCCCUCCUCGGCAACCUCCACCACCUCCACGACUGGAUCACCUCCCUCGUGGUCGCCAGCCCACUCAACUUCCUCUUCACAGGCCCGCCGCGCUCCGGCAUGCAGUUCUUCGUCACCGCCGACCCUGCCAACGUCCGCCACGUCUUCACCUCCAACUUCGCCAACUACCCCAAGGGCCCCGAGUUCGAGGAGAUCUUCGACAUCCUCGGCGGCGGCAUCUUCACCGCCGACGGCGAGUCGUGGCGCCGCCAGCGCGCCAAGGCGCAGCUGCUCAUGUCCAGCGCCCCGUUCCGCGCCUUCGUGUCCCGGUACAGCCGCGCCAAGGUGGACACCGCGCUGCUCCCGCUGCUCUCCCACUUCGCCGCCACCGGAGACGCGUUCGACCUCCAGGACGUGUUCCUCCGGCUGACGUUCGACACCACGACGACGCUGGUGUUCGGCGUCGACCCCGGGUGCUUGUCCGUCGGCCUGCCGGAGGUGCCGUUCGCGCGCGCCAUGGACGACGCCAUGAACGUGCUCCUCCUCCGCCACGUCGUCCCGAUGACGUGGUGGAAGCUGGCAAGGAGGCUGCGGAUUGGGCACGAGCGAAAGAUGGCGGAGGCGUGGCGCACCAUCGACCAGUUCGUCGCCGACACGAUCGCCAAGCGGCGCGCCGAGAAGGCGAGGCACGGCAUCAGGGACUCGGCUGACCUGCUCUCGUCCUACAUCAACGACGACGGCGAGGACACUGCGGCGGUGGACGCGUUCCUGCGCGACACGACCAUCAACCUCAUGCUGGCCGGCCGCGACACCACGGGCUCGGCGCUGUCCUGGUUCUUCUACCUCCUGACGCGGAACCCGCGCGUGGUGUCCAAGAUACGGCAGGAGCUGGAGUCCGUCAAGACGACGAAGAGCAGCACCCCGGAGCGGGACGACGGCGGCGGCAUGGGCAUGGUGACCUUUGACGACCCGGAGGAGCUGAGCCGGCUGACGUACCUGCACGCGGCGCUGUGCGAGUCGCUGAGGCUGUACCCGCCGGUGCCGCAGGAGCUGAAGGAGGCGGUGGCGGCGGACGUGCUGCCGAGCGGGCACGAGGUGCGGCGCGGGGACAAGAUCCUGGUGUGGCUGUACGCGAUGGGGAGGAUGGAGGACGUGUGGGGCAGCGACUGCCGGGAGUUCAGGCCGGAGCGGUGGAUCGCGGAGGACGGCGGCAGGGUGCGGUACGUGCCGUCGUACAAGUUCAUGUCCUUCAACUCGGGGCCCCGGACCUGCCUCGGCAAGGACAUGGCGUUCGUGCAGCUCAAGGCGGCGGCGGCCGCCGUGCUCAGCAACUUCGACGUGGAGGCGGUGCCGGGGCACGUCGUGGAGCCCAAGCUGUCCAUCAUACUUCACAUGAAGAAUGGCUUCAUGGCAACGGUCAAGAGAAGGCGCCAGGCGCUUGCUUAGCUUCAGAAUAAUUACAUCUGAGAUCGAUCGGCGUAUACGUACGGUCCUUUGUUAUGUGUGUCGGUAAUCAAACUAUGAGAUGGUGAUGAUCGGUGCUGUUAACUCUCGUAUGUAUGUCGUACUACCGCACUCUAUCAGUAGCGCGUGUCCACACUCCACAGUCGGUACUCGGUACGUUAACUCACAUGUGCUAGCUAUGUAGUAGAAGGUGCAAGAACAGGUACUCAUCGUGCUGCCUACGUGUACAACGCUCCGUUGGUCGUUGAAAGCUAGUGUUAUUACGUGUA